AUAAGAAUGGCAUCCAUAGUUUUUCUCUUCACCUUCUUCUUCCUUUUCUUGACCUCAUCUAGCAAUGCACAACUAUCAUCUACUUUCUAUAGCACUUCAUGCCCAGUUGCUCUUUCUACUAUUAAAUCUGCCAUUGUACAAGCAGUUGCAGCUGAUCGUCGCAUGGCGGCGUCACUCAUUCGCCUCCAUUUCCAUGAUUGCUUCGUUCAGGGAUGUGAUGCAUCUGUCUUACUUGAUGAACAAGCUUCCGCUACUAGUGAACAAAAUGCACUACAAAAUAGAGGCUCUCUUAGAGGAUUCAAUGUAAUUGAAUCCGCAAAAGCCAACCUAGAAACGCAAUGUCCUGGAGUUGUUUCAUGCGCUGAUAUUCUUGCAGUUGCUGCACGAGAUGCGUCCGUUGAGGUUAGCGGUCCAUCAUGGACAGUGAAGUUAGGGAGAAGAGAUUCAACCACAGCAAAUAAAGAUGAAGCUGAAAGUGACUUACCUUUGUUUACUAGUACCCUUCAAGAACAUAUCUCCAAUUUUGGUAGGAAGGGUUUGAAUACAAGAGAUUUGGUUGCAUUAUCAGGUUCACAUACAAUAGGUCAAGCACAAUGUUUUACCUUCCGUGAUAGAAUAUACAAUACUGGAAGUGACAUUGAUGCUGGGUUUGCUACUACACGACAAAGUACUUGCCCGGCCACAUCUGGAACCGGUGAUGGUAAUUUGGCACCGCUUGAUCAUGUGACGCCCAACGUGUUUGAUAAUGUUUACUUUAGAAAUUUAAUUGAAAAGAAGGGUCUUCUUCAGUCUGAUCAAGUACUUUUUAGUGGAGGCUCAACUGACAGUAUUGUACAAGAAUACAAUACUAAUGGAGCAACUUUUCGAGCUGACUUUGCAAAUGCCAUGGUCAAAAUGGGAGAUAUUGAUCCUCUAACUGGUCAAAAUGGUAUUAUAAGAAGGGUAUGCAGUUCACUCAAUUAGAAUUAUUUGAAGCCCAUAACUAAGUCAAUUUAUGGUUGUUGAGCGUUUGGCAAAUCUUUUGGAUGUUGAAUUUUUAUUUAUCUUUUAUUUACUUGGAAACGAGUAUUGUUGGUUUUAAGUCAUUCAAUGUUGUAUAAUAUUGCAUGUACAGUGCAAUAAACAAAUAAU